AGACGUCCCACCCCCAUUGCACACAACACACGGAUGAAUUCACAUAGGACCGUAGUUGUCGUUUAGGAAAGAUAGAAGAAGGGCGUCGUGUCUAUUUUGCGUGAUCAGAGUGGUGACGCAGAGCUGAAGCUUCGUGCGAAAAGGUGUCGAGCUUCUCCUUAUCUUAUUGGACCAAGACUUAGCUCUCUUGCCACGAGGAAUCGAGCAAGAAAAAGUAACCUACGAUAAACCCUCACUGCACGAAAGCAGUGAUGGCGAAUAUUGCUUACACUUGUGUUUUGGCUUCGUUCGAACAAACAUUAACCAAUGACUGUGUAGCUAGAAAUCAACAGUAGAUUUCUGCUCUACUGCCAGCUACAGCUUCUCAGCUUGGACCCAGCGACCACAUUCAGCCUGGCCCAUUUCGCUUCCCCUCCCUGGGUGGUUUGUCCUAUGUGAACUCUGGAGGGGGAAGUUCUUUUUCUUGCUCUGAUUUUGGGCAGCUAACUUCCUGCUGUCAAUACUUCAUCCACGAAUGCCCUGAACGGUUGCCUGUGUGUGUGUGUGUGUGUUUGCAUAUUCGCAGCACUGCAGAACAAACAUAGGGGCAUCCCUCAUUUCGUAAAGCUGGUUCAGCCACUGUGCAGGCCUUUUAUCACGCACGGCAACUUCGAGUGAAAGUGAAAGUGUGGUUGUGGUCGGGGCCGUUCAUCCUUACUGUAAUUUCACUCUUUUUAUUGUGGGGUAUUUUACUGUUGUCGACGACCAGUGCUGUCAUUCGUCUUGCUAUCGUGGCAGCAGCAAAAGGAGGAAAAAUAGAAGGAGGGAAAGGUUUAUCAACACUUCGGUUUUCCGUUUGCGGUUUCUUGAGAAUCGGCGUGAAAAGAUUUCAUCCAAGAAAACGGCAACCAACCAAAGCUUUAAGCCCAGCCGUCAAGUAUCCGCACGGAUCCAACAAAGUCUACACUGCCCAGAGAUUCCGCAAUACGAAACUGGUCCUGAAAACAGGAAAAAGAAUUGGACGAGAAGAAAAAAGAAAAGAAAAGAACGAACGGGUGGGGAAAACACACACACAAAAGAGGAAGCAAAGAGACGUCGAAAUCAGUCGAGGCGGAUUGGAUCGACCAAAUCUGCGGUCAUCCAAAUCGCGCGUCAGCUGGAUGUUUUUCCAACACGGCGCCGCCAUGAAGAGGUUUACCUUCAAAGGAGUACUGGACAACUUCCGGCAGUCCGUCAGCCAGCCGACCAAAUCCGAGCAGCCCGAACUGGUCGAAACUCUGAAAACGGAACACUGUCAACUAGCCAGGACGGCCCGUCAUGGCUUCCCGCAUCAACCAACCGCCUUGGCUUACGAUCCUAUUCAACGGCUGGUGGCUAUUGGAACCAAAUCCGGCGCUAUUCGAAUACUCGGCAGGCCCGGUGUGAGUGUUCAGGUCCGUCACGAUCCGGUUCCUGAUCCGUCUGCGGCCGGAAGCGGCACUAGGGGCGGUGAUGUCACAGGGGCGGCGGCCGCAUCGGUCAACGUUGGAGCCAGCGGCGUUACGGAAGUUCCAGGAGGAGGGCCCGGCAGAGGAAGCAACGCCGGAUUAGCAUCCGGAAGUGCCGGAAUCAAUCAUCACAGUGGCGGUUCGGGGGCAGGUGCAGCCAGAGACUCCAAUACGUCGUCGUCUGCUGCUGGCGGUGGCUCUUCUUCCUCAGCGGUGGGCGCUGCAGGGGCCACAGGUGGGCACGUUACCUCCGGCAGUUCAAUGCCGUCCGGCCAGGCGGGCAACAUUCCAUCCAAUCACGCUUCCGGCGGAGGUCAUCAUCCUUCACACGGAGGAUUUUCUACGAUAGGUCCGGCCGUCAUCCAACUGCAGUUUCUCAUCAAUGAAGGUGCUCUAGUGUCAGCCACGUCUGACGACAGUCUCCACUUGUGGAACAUCCGUCAGAAGCGGCCGGAUAUCGUCCACACUUUAAAAUUCCAACGUGAAAGGAUUACCUGCUUCCACCUGCCGUUCCAGAGCAAGUGGCUCUACGUCGGCACCGAGCGCGGCAACGUCCACAUCGUCAACAUCGAGAGCUUCAGUUUGUCGGGUUAUGUCAUCAACUGGAACAAGGCCAUUGAAUUAUCGUGCAAAACGCAUCCGGGACCCGUCAUUCACCUCAGCGAUUGUCCUACAGAUCCCAGCAAGUUGCUGAUGGGAUUCGAGUCCGGCCUUGUGGUGCUGUGGGACCUUCGGACCAAGGCGGCCGACGCCCGUUUCCUGGCCGGCGAACCGCUUCGUUCCGUUUCGUGGCUCUCGGACGGCAAGCAGUUGAUCAGCGCUCACGUGGACGGAUCGCUCUAUACGUGGAACGCAAGAGCUGGACCCAGGCCGGCUCCCGUCUCCGUCUCCUACCCUCACGCAAAAGGAGGUCGAGAAGGCAAACCAGAAUGCAAAGCCAUCCAAAAGGUCGAAUGGAAAUCAUCAUCGAGCGGGGAUCCGUUCGUCAUCUUUUCCGGCGGUUUACCCCAAGAUCGGCCCGGUCGGUCGGCCAGCAUCACUGUCGUUCACGGUCGCAACACAACCGUCUUGGAGAUGGAGCACAACGUCGUCGACUUUGUUGCCCUUUGUGACACUCCGUGGACCAGUGCAGAGGAACAGGAUCCGCACGCCAUAAUCGUCCUGCUUCAAAACGAUCUAGUCAUCGUUGACUUAUUGACUCCGGGCUUCCCUUGUUUCGAGAAUCCCUACCCGAUGGAUAUCCACGAAUCGGCCGUGACCUGCUGCCUCUACCUCGCUGAUUGUCCGGGCGAUCUGAUUCCGGCUUUGUACUCGGUCGGCGCCCAGGGCCACACGGGCUUCAGUAAGCGCGAGUGGCCCAUCAGCGGUGGCCAGUGGGGAUCUUUGGCCCCGAGCUACGCGGAAAUGAUUGUCACUAGACACGUCGACGGAACGGUCAAGUUCUGGGACACGUCCUCGCUAACUCUUCAGGUCCUCUAUCGACUCAAGACGAGCAAAGUCUUUGAAAAGUCGCGGACCAAGACGCUACGACCGGACGGCGAGGUUGCCACUGGAGUUGUGGCCGGCUCCGAACCUGGAAAACAGCAUUUGGCCAUUAAGCAAUUAGCCAUGUGCCCGGAAAACAGGCUGCUGGCUAUAGCCGGAGCUUCCGGCCACGUCAUCCUCUUCAAGUUCAGACGCCAAGAGGUUAGCCAAGAAACAAUCGUUCUGGGAGUGCCGCUGUUUUUUGAAAAUGCGGAAGACACUCAGGGUUCACCUUCGUUCGGUCCAGGAGCGGCCAACUUGGAAUUUUGUCUUAGAAAAGAGCAACCGAAUCCAUUGAGUGUCAGAGGAGGCGUUUACCGUCGCCCGGCCGGCUUCCAAGUCGAUUUGGUCUGUCUCAGCUCUUGGAUGGAUGGAGAGGCGCCGGGAUCGAUAACGGCCCUAUCUGUCAACUCGGCUUACGGCCUGAUGGCCUACGGCAAUGAUGGCGGAUUGGUCCUCAUCGACAUCAUUCAAAAAUCGGUUCUUCUGAGUAUGGCCUCUGUGGACCUUUACAGCUCGGCCGAUCCUUACACGCGACUUCCGCGGUCGCCCAAGCGGCCAACAGAUGGCGUUAAUAGCCGUACCGGAGAAUUGGACGAUAAUUCGAUCCGUUCACCGUCUUGCGAUCAGAACGAAGUUGUGGAGCACAGCGUCGAUGAAGUAGACACUGUCAAGAGCGACUGUCUGGAAACGGAAGUGGAUCGCGCCGCUGAAGCCGCCGACGACGAACACAAUCAGCCGGAAGCGGCGCUGACGACGGAGGAGGAAGGUUUCAAAACGGAAAAUGGCGGCGGCGGCGGCGCUCGAGUCCGCAAGAAGAAGAACUUCAAUUUGAAGAAGCAAUUGUCGAAGGCGGACACGAAAUUGCGCGAUCUGUUCGCGCCCGUCAGCCGCCGAGGAUCGGGGGCCAGCACCGGAGCUGCAACGGCGUCCGCUGCCGGCGGACUGACGUCACCUCAUUUACCCGAUUCGAAGCCCGUCUCGCCGCAGGAAGAGCAAGCGGCUUUCCAUUUCCCUGAGCCGGCCAGCUGCAAUGCAGCGCUUCCGCUCUUGCCGGCCGUUGCGGCCGAGCCGGUCGAUACGGCAUCCGCUGCCAAAGCCGCCAAUCAAGACGUUCCGCUCUUCGAUGCGGACGGCGUUCCAAUCCGACCUCCGCGCCGGCUCAAGAAAUCGCUGAGCGCCGCGGCCACGCACCAGAAGACGGGCGGCCAUCGCGAUUGCGGAUGGAAGCGGACGUGGUAUUCGAGCGAUUCAGAUUCGACGGCCGUCGCACCGCCCGCGCAAAUGCACGUCCUCGAUCUGCGCUUCGACGCGGCCGACGAUUCCUGCCACACGGGAUUUUUGGAUAACCUCGUCAGGAAAUUUAACAAAUCGGACAUGGCGUUCACGCGUUCAAGGAGCUCCAGCACUUCCAGUUUGGAGAAUCAAACCAACGAGGCCGUCACGACUCUCACCUUUGCUGAUACGUUGGCACGCAAACUAGACACGGCCGUUUCGGCGUCCUUGUGGGUCGGCACCAGCCAGGGUUCCGUUUUGGUGAUCGUGAUCAAUUUGGCCGCACCGGGAGAACCUCGCCUUACUCAACCGGUUAUGGUUUCGCCUAGUGGGAGCAUCUUCCGAGUGAAAGGUUCUAUGCUGUGCGUCGCGUUCAUUGAGCCAUCGGGCAGCCUCAUCUCUAACCCGAGCGAACCGUGGCGGGACGAGACCAAAGAGGCUCGCGAUCAGCGGUCACGAACGCCCACUCGUUCCGGCAUGCCUAUGCCGCUUUCCGGCGCUGCUGGCGGCGUUGGGGGCGACGCUCUUUCAUCCAGCGAUGACCAGUACACGGUGAUGGUCUCGGAGAAACAAGCUCGCGUUGUUUCCCUACCGUCGCAAACUUGUCUUUAUCGCGUCAAUUUGGCGCCGGCCGAAAGCACAUUCGCCGUCACCGCCAACGUCGUCAGUCUGAAAGAUGGCCCUUGUUUGGCCACCUUCUUAUCCAACGGCCAUAUCCAAGUAUUCAGUUUGCCCAGUCUUCGACCGCUUAUGGAUGUCGAGUUUACCCCAUUGGUCGAACUAAGCUUCCAAACGAGUCGGCAGAAUUUGGUGGAUCCCAUGUUAAGCAUUUGGGCGCAGCAACAGUUGUCCGUCAAUGAAGAUUCCGACAAAAUCGCAAGAAACUUCCGCUUUUCAUCACACGGUCACGGCAUGUACUUAUGUUCUCCUUCUGAAAUUGAGAAAUUCACCAUCUCUUCGGCAUUUGCGUCAACAUUGGGUGAUUUAAUGGGCGAAUUGUUUAUGCCAUGUGAAAUGCCCGAACCACCCAAAGAAGGAUUUUUUAAAGGCCUCUUCGGUGGAGGUGUCCGUCCUUUGGAUCGAGAAGAACUGUUCGGUGAAUCGACGGGCAAAGCUGGCCGGGGUGUUGCUCGUCACAUCCCUGGACCUGCAGCCAACCUGGAGAAUUUGACUUACAAGGCUGGUAGCGUAGCAGCCGAAGUGCAAAAGACACGCCUGGCGCUUAAUGAACGUGGCGAUAAGCUGGGCAUGCUGGAAGAUCGCACUCAACGGAUGGCCAAUGAGGCUGAAAAUUUCUCGAAUGCGGCCCACCAGUUGAUGGUUCGUUGUCGCGAACGCAAAUGGUAUCAACUGUAAUUUUUU